GAACUGGCCGAAGUUAACGUUAACGUUAUCACAACCUCAAUAAGCUAAUAUGAGGGAUUCUCAUAUGACUCAGCGUAGAUUAUAUGUUAAUUCCGGCCAGAAAUUGCGUAUUACAGGGGCAGUUUGAUGAAAUUUAUUCACAUUUUGCUAUGCGUUAUUUGUAUCCCAAAAAAGCACCAAACUUGUCAAUUCAAAGUGGCUAUUUUACUACCUAUUUUUAGACUGGUAGUACAAAGUCACGUUACCGAAAUUUUAUUUUCGAAUUGCUUAUUUUCGGUGAAAUAUGGUAGAUAAUAAUCCCUAAUUGUCACGCAAAUUAUUUAUCACUUACUAUCACCUGGAUGAAGUUUUACUAUAAAUUUCUGGCGUCGUCUGCCUACAUAGCCAUUCUACCAAAAAUCGAGUAUAUAUUAUAAUUAUUACUUUUAAAGAGAAACAUUUGAAUUUUUGUAAGCCGUAAAAAUGACUACAGCUGCUAGACCGACAUUUGAUCCUGCUAGGGGUUACGAUAGUAAAGCUCCGACGUUACAGUAUAGCUCUCGGGAUCUUGCAGCACACACAAAACUUAAAUAUAGACAAACAGGACAACUCACAAAAGAAGAACUUGAAAAAAUAGAUCUUAAAGAAGAACUCUUAAAAGCAGAAAGAGAACACUUUGAGACAAAUCAAAAAGGAAUUUCUUAUGAUAAUUCUGUCACUGAAGAACAAUUAGCAGAAAAACGUCGAAGGUUAUUAAUAGAAGCCGCCGAUAAGGAUGACAGCGACGACGAUGAUACUGAAGAGGAUAGCGACAGUGAAGAUUUAGAUGAAGAAGAUGAUGCGCUAGCUUUACAGCAUGAAUUGGAGAAAAUUAGAAAGGAACGUGCAGAAGAAAAGGAACGACAGGAACUCGAAAAUUUGGAGGAAGACGAAAGAAAAAAACAAGAAGAAGCUCUAACUGGAAAUCCCCUUCUUAAUAAAGAUUUCAGUGUUAAGCGAAGGUGGGAUGACGAUGUAAUUUUCAAAAAUCAAGCACGUGGCGUCGAUGAUAAACCAAAAAAACGGUUUAUUAAUGAUACUUUGCGCAGUGAUUUCCACCGUAAAUUUAUGAACAAAUACGUGAAAUAAAGCCGAGUUCUUUUUUAAUAACCUAUUUAAUAGAAAAUUUAUUAUAUUAUUUUUUACUCACUUUAUUAAGAUGUAUUAUUAAAAGUAAAUUUACGUAAUUGAUAAAAAUUUAUAAAUGUUAAUUUUUUAAUUUUUUUGUGCGAAUCUGGUAAUAAAGGAUUAUUAACC